CCUGGCGGCGAGGCGGUUCGAGCCGCCCACUCCGCUCCCUCCGCAGCUCCACACACUGUCGGGAUGUGACCCCGGAACAGGACGCUUCCUCAGAUACAACUCCGCAUUCAAACAAAACACAGCGGAAAACCCGAGAGAAAACCCUGGACCAGGAGAGCGGCGCUUCAGGAGCAGGGGGGAUGAACCGUGAGGAGGCCCCUGGGAAGUCUCCUGAGGAGAUGUACAUUCAGCAGAAGGUGCGGGUGCUCCUCAUGUUAAAGAAGAUGGGAUCAAACCUGACGCCGAAUGAGGAAGCGUUCCUACGGAACUAUGCAGGCGUGGUGCACAGUCAGAUGAGCCAGCUCCCACAGCACAACAUAGACCAGGGUGCGGAGGACGUGGUGAUGGCCUUCUCCAGAUCAGAGACGGAGGACAGAAGACAGUGACCUCUCGCCCCGCAGCGGCUCCUCACUACAUCUGAACCCAAACCGACCCAACACCACAACACUGUUGACUGACGGAGCGGGAAUGGACCGAGAGCGAGCCGGGAGAGGAGCAGGUCUACAGUGUUUACUGCCUGCCCUCACUCCCCUCCUCUCCUUCCUCCUCACUCCCCUCCUCUUCCUCUUCCUCCCUCACACUAACCCACUGUCACACUAGCAGCUGAGUGCCAGCGGCUCCCGCUGCCCAACGAGGUCAUACAAAAAAAAUCAGUGUGGCAUUUGUUUUUAGUUGUUUUUAGUUAUUUUUUCCUCCUUUUUGUUGUUUUGUUUUUUGGUCGACGUCAAGCUUCAGGCUGUUCAGUUGUGUGUGUGCUGUGUAUGUGUUUGAGUGUGUGUGCGCGUGAGUGUGUGUCCUGGUCAGAGAUGGAACGGGCCAAGAGCUUCAUUUGUCUGCUCACACCACCAGCAACAGUGUGGAUGAGUUUCAGAUAAAUGUGCUUCUGGUUUCUUGGUUUUGUUUUGUGUUUUCCUUUUUUUUUUUUUUCUUUUUUUUUUUUUUUUCCAAAUCUUUUUUUUAAGUACUUUUAACCAGAUUGUAAUCCCUCACAUCAUAAUCUCAUCACAUUAAAUGUGCAAGAUGUUGAGGAAGCCACUGCACUACAUCGUAGAGGACGUGGAGUGUGUGUGUGAGUGUGUGUGUGUGCGUGUGUGUAUGUGUGUGUACAAUGCGAAUUUUCACACAAAAGUGUAUAAGAAUUACCUGACUCCUUGAGUAGUGUCUCAUUAUUUUUUUGCUUUUUUUGGGUGUUUGGAUUAAUGUGAAAUUUCACAGCUUUUUUUUUAUUAUUAUUGUAAAGACAAUACAAAAACAACAAUACUAGUGAACGGAUUGUGCCAACUGUUUUACUUUACUUUUAUUGUAAAAUAAUUUUUAAAGAUAUCUAAUGAAUGUCUGGAGUCCUUAUUUAUUUUUUCCGGUAACAAUCUUAAGACUGAAGGUGAACAACAUCCCCUUUUCAGACAUUUUUACGUAACUUGUUGUAGAUUAGAAUGAACUAAACCGACUCGGAUCAAUAUAAAAUCUCAGCCUUAGCCUUUAUAUUCCCCUCCUGCUCUGUAGCUGACUUUUCCCACCUGGAGCUGUAGGUUUCCAGGAAGGGAUUAAGCCUGGUCUUGGACUUCACAACAGUUUGAAUUAAAAAAUUCAAUCAAUUUUUCAUUGAAAGGUAUAAAUUAUCUACAUUUAGGCUUAAUCCCUGUCCAUGAAACCCAUUGUAAAGGAAGUAAGCCUAGUCUUGAAGUAUAAUUACCUUUUAUUGGUAAAUCUCCAUUCAAAAUGCUGUGUAGUCCAAGACUAGGCUUAAUCCCAGUCUGGAAAACUUACCCUCCUAGUCCUGUGAGUAUUAUAUAGUUACAGGCAGUCAAAAUCAAAAAGGGAAUAUUUUAAACAAAAAAAAACAGUUGCCAACAGCCCAAACAUUUUUCAGUAAUUUUUCAUUUUAUUUUUUUCUUUUAAACUGGAAUUUGUUCAAUUUUAGCCUUUUUUGAACACACCUCCUCAUGCUCAGUAAUUGUGCAUUCAUGUAUUUUAUUAACUGUAACUAGUGUUUCAGAAACGACGCAUGCCUGCCUUGUGGUUUUAUGGUGUACGUUUAAGUAGAUCUUUGAAGGUCUUAAUAUUAAAGCCUUGCCACAAUGAACAGUUUUGAUAUCUGUGGAAGCUAGUCCUUUUCAAUAUUCUGCAAAACGUCAUCUGCAGCUGUCACCGUUUGUAUCCUGCUGGCAAUAAGUCCUAAAACACCUAAUCUUAGCAUCCUCAGUGGUCACGACCCGCUUCUGUCUGAAGUUUUGUCCGAAACAACUGCAUCACCACUUACGCGGAUGUCUUUACGACUAGACUAUGUUUACUGUUGUUUGAAAACCAUUUAAAAAGCUCAUUUGUCUAUGCAUUUUUUGUUUUUAAAUGAUGACAUGUAUAUUUUUGGGGAUAUUUGAAUCUACUUCACAAAUAUCGAUGUAGAGACUUAUUUUGAUGGUUGUUGGUUCAGAGUCUCUUAAAGACAGAAAUCUUGGUCAGAAAUACUAAACGUCUUCUUUAACCUUCAGUUGCCUACAGUCAUGUCUUACUGCGGUCUCAUCAGACAGGGUUUGCCUACAUCUCUAGUCUCUGUUUUACAUUACAAAUGUCCAUGUGUCUAUUAAACUUUGUGAUGGUUCA